GUUGGUGUUGUGAGGAAUAAUGUGACCGCGUUGAACCAGGUCUCAGAUCAGACACGAUCCGGGUUAGACCCGGUCUCAGAUCAGACCCGGUCCAGGUUAGACUUGGACUCUGCAGUCUGAUACUCAUCUGGACUCAUCUCUAGUCCGUGUUUCUUCCGUGAAGCCCGUUAGCUUGCAUGCUAACAGUUAGCAUCACUGCGACAGCUGCUUUACGGCAAACACCUGAUCAAUGCGGAAGAGACAGGAAAGUGCGCAUCAGAAAAAGGGAGCCGAGCGGAGUGAUCGAUAACAAUCAAUAACAGAUAUCAGAAACAUAACUGAUCAGAGCAGGAGAGACAUGAGCCGCGCAGGCGCAGAACUGAGGAUCAUGUUCAGCCCGGGGCGCGUGCAACUGGUUCAGGAGGAGGUGGUGGUCCCGGGUCUUAAGGUCCUGGUUACCGGGGCAACAGGUCUUUUAGGUCGAGCAGUCUGCAGAGAGUUUCAGAACAAUGGCUGGUUGGUCACUGGGACUGGGUACAGGAGGGCUAGGCCCCGCCUCCUCCGCUGUGACCUCACAGACGAGGACGCUGUCAGAGGAUUACUGCAGGAGUACAAGCCUGAUGUGAUCAUCCACUGCGCAGCAGAGAGACGUCCAGAUGUUGUGGAGAGACACACUGAUGCAGCUGUGAAUCUCAACGUGCACGCCACGAGCACGCUCGCCAAGGAGGCAGCUGUGGGCGGGGCCUUCCUCCUCUACAUCAGCACUGACUACGUGUUUGAUGGGAGGAAUCCUCCGUACGGAGAAGACGACAGUCCGAACCCUCUGAAUGUCUACGGACGCAGCAAACUGGAGGGAGAGAGGGAGACACUGCGCCACUGUCCGGGGGCGGUGGUGCUGCGAGUGCCCGUUCUGUUCGGGGAGGUGGAGUCGGUGACGGAGAGCGCCGUCACGUCUCUGUGGUUGAAGGUUCAGGAGGCGACGGAGAGCAGCACCCUGGAUCACUGUCAGCAGAGGUUUCCCACCGAUGCCAGGGAUGUCGCCGCCGUCUGCAGGAAGCUGUCGGAGAGAGCGAGACAGGACCCGUCCAUCAGAGGAGUCUUCCACUUCUCGGCAAAGGAGCAGAUGACUAAAUAUGAAAUGGCCGUCGCCAUCGCUCAGGCCUUCAAGCUUCCGUCCGACCACCUGAUCCCUCUGACAGAGCAGCCAGCGGCAUCAGCUCCUCGUCCAAUCAACAGUCGGUUGAACUGUUCUCGUCUGGAGCUGCUGAACCUGAGUGUUGAACCGCGACCUUUCACCUCUGCCAUCACCGACUGUCUGUGGCCCUUCACCCCGGACAAACGCUGGAGACAGACCGUCUUCCACUGACAGACAGGAGGACAGAGAGACGGGUAGAGAGAGACAGGUGGAGACAGACAGGAGGACAAACAGGUAGAGACAGACAGGUGGACAGAGAGACAGGUAGAGAGACAGACAUGAGGACAGACAGGUGGACAGACAGACAGGUAGAGACAGACAGAUAGACAGAUAUAUACAGCGUGAGAUGAUGAAUCUUGAACCCUGAGUUUCGUCUGCAGGUUCAGUUAGUGAGACCAAACAUUAUAAGAAACGUGUGUGUGUGUGUGUGUGUGUGUGUGUGUGUGUGUGUGUGUGUGUGUGGGUGGUAACUUGUGUAUUUAUUUUUAAUUGUUCUUUGUUGUAAUGUGAGCAGCAGUUGAGCAGCUGCUGGUUUCUAAUGUGACGUCUAUUGUGAUUCUACUGUUGAUGUUGUUCACAUUAAACAUCUGGAACUGA